AUCAUACCCGAAUAUUUCGUUUACCGGGAGAUCUGGGCUAUCCUCUCUCUUGUCGGGACAUCGCAUGAAGAAGUUGAGUUACGCGUUGACUUUAAUACUUCACUCACACUGGCUAGUGACAAGAGAUCAAUGACUAUCGACGAUCAAUCACACUUGAAGAAAGAGGCAGAAAAUAGUACGAAUCCUAAGAUCAAUCGGUACUGGAUUCAACGUUACGAUCUGUUCUCGAGGUAUGACGAAGGUAUCCAAAUAGAUGAAGAAGGAUGGUACUCUGUGACUCAUGAAGAGAUCGCCAUCAAACACGCAGAGAGGUGCCGUGGAAAAGUGGUGAUUGAUUGCUUCGCAGGCGUUGGUGGUAACACUAUUCAAUUUGCUAAAGUUUCUUCUUCUGUAAUCGCUAUCGACAUUGAUCCAAUGAAAGUUAAAAUGGCUAUGAACAAUGCAAAUGUUUAUGGAGUUGCUAAUCACGUGGAUUUUGUCGUUGGUGAUUUCUUCAGUUUAGCUCCAUCUCUGAAAGGAGAUGUAUCGUUUCUUUCGCCACCAUGGGGAGGACCAAAUUAUUGCAAAGUCGAGAGUUUCAAGAUGGAUAUGCUUCAGCCAAGAGACGGGUACUCAUUGUUUAAGAUUGUUCAAUCCAUUACUCCUAAUAUCAUCAUGUAUCUACCGAAAAAUGUUGAUUUAGCACAAUUGGAAGAGAUGGCUUUCCUCUCGUCACCUCCCCUAACUCUUGAGAUAGAAGAAAGUUGUAUUGGAGGCAAAAUGAUAGCCAUAACGGCUUAUUUUAGUCGCAAUGCGGCUUAGCUGAGAAAUUUGAACUAUACUGCAUCAAAAAGGAACUAUCUUUUCUGCAUCAGGGGAUAGAGGAAUUGAGUCCUGAAGGAGUUAAUACAAAAUUCUCAUUUCAUCUUUCCACUUUAUGCAGGAUUCUAUCACAUGGAUAUUUGAUACAAAUUCAAUGCAUCAUUCGUGGAAAGUAAAGAAUUCAACU